UCAGCUGCGCUGCAACUACUUUCUGCUUUGGUACAUGGUGCUUUUCCUAAUUCCUCAGGGUUGACUGAUCUACAAUAAUUUCCAGAGUCAGCUCUUACCAUCUUUUAUCAGAUCAUAUUCUUGCUGAUUGCUCGCUUCCAAUCGAUCGAUCGAUCUUAUAAUUUUGUUUAACAGAGGAGUCAUCCAUGGAGGGAAAGAGCUCGAGUGACAAUGAAAGAACUAUCUCAUCAGACUAAGAAGCGCCAGUCAACUCCAUUUAUACGUGGAAGUAAUGAGGUGUUCUUAAGCUGUGCCAAACACAAGUCAUCUAAAGAUCUGGUCUUAUAUCUCAGUCGAACAUUGGAGACAGCCGGAAUCCGCACUAUCGACUCCGGACAUCGCAGACUCAUUGCUUCAGUGGAAGCAAUCUAUCGAUCCAGCAUUUACAUUCCCGUGAUAUGUGAGGAUUAUCUGUCGACACCGGAUUGCCUGACUGAGCUUCGAGACUUGUUGGAUAUCUGGAUGCGAGAACCUGACAAAGUGAUUUUACCCAUAUUUCAUGGGCUCAAACGCUCUGAUGCAUUCAAAACAGCCAUGACAAUAAUCGAGAAAAGUUGCUUGGAGCCAUCGAUUCGUGAGGCUGGGAUUGAACGUGUUAAUGUGGUUGCAAAGAUGAGUGGAUGGGUUGUCUCCGAUCCCUGCUCUGCAGAAACUGUGCACUUGAUUGCUCAAGAAGUUGCAAGUAUAAUCCAUCCCAAAUUUCCGCAAGAAGGUCCAUAUUUUGUUGGAAUUGAUCGAAAAGUAGAACAGAUCAUGAAUCUCUUAAACGUCGAAGUUAAUGACUAAAGGGUAGUUGGUAUACAUGGGAUGGGUGGUAUUGGAAAGACUACUCUUGCAAAAGUCGUCUAUCAUCGUCUCUCAGCGUGCUUUGAAGGCUGUUGCUUUCUUCCAGAUAUCCGGCAGACACAAACGAAUGAAGAACUGCUGUCAGAAUUUGCAGACAAAAUUGAUCUCUGGCAUAUUAAAGAGAGAGUGUGACGAGAUUACUUCUGCCGAUGAAGGAAUUAGCUAUAUGAGAGAAGUAUUUUGCAAUAUGAAAGUGCUGAUUGUUCUUGAUGACGUUGACAGAAUGUUUAAUCUCACAGAACUCAUAGGAGAGCUCGAUACAUUUGGUCCCGGAAGCAGGAUAAUCGUCACCUCGAGAUAUGAAAAAGAUCUUCCAAGAGUUGAUCAGACUUUCGAAGUUCCAGAGCUGUGUCGAUGGGAAGUUCAACUGCAUUUCUCCAGUUAUACAGAUGCAAAUUGUCCUCCUUUCAAUAAACUUGCCGCUGAAAUUGUAUCUGUUGUAGGAGGACUCCCUCUUGUUGUUGAAGUUAUUGGAUCUUUUUUAUUUGGUAAAGGAGUUGCUGUAUGGACAGAGACACUUCAAAAGUUAAAGCUUAUACCUU